ACCCAGCAUGUCCUCCCUGGUCGUCGACUCAACCGUUCCUCUGCUUCCAAUUAUGACAGCCACAAUGAUGGCUCUCAGAGGCUUACGGAGACUGCAGUGAACUUCCUUGCCAAUUGCCACAUCAACACCAUCAUCAGUUUUAACCAGUAUCCAUACAUCCAUAACGAGAUAGUCCUGCUGGCCAAAGCUAACGUCACCUACCACCACUUUUCCCUCCAGGACCAUCAAUCUCCCACUAUUUAUCAGGCCAUUGAUUUCCAUAGGUUCAUGCCCAAUGCAUCCACGCCUGUGCAUUGUGGAUAUAGUUAUGGAAGGACGGGCACCGGCAUAACAGCUCUUCAGUUAUUUGCUACAUGGGGCGUCCAACCCGUGGAGACUCACUGGAUGUCUAUCAAUCACGUUGAGGAACGAAGUCAGAUAUUGGUGCUCAGGCAGCUUCACGACCGGUACCGGGGAAAGGGCGACCGUGGCCAAUACGGAGAUAGCGAUUAUAAGGACGAGCUCUGA